CAAGAGAAAUGGCCCAGCCCACCCACGAUGCACUUCUAACCCAUCGUAUUUAACCUCCGCGCUCCCAUCCCGCACUAGAACCCUAGCUCCCGUCUCUGCCGCCGCCGCAACCGCCGUCGUCUCCACCGCCGCCGCGGUCACACAACAAUGGGUAUCGACCUCGUCGCCGGCGGCCGCAACAAGAAGACCAAGCGCACAGCGCCCAAGUCCGACGAUGUCUACCUCAAGCUCCUCGUCAAGCUCUACCGCUUCCUGGUUCGAAGGGCAAAGAGCAACUUCAACGCCGUGAUCCUCAAGCGGUUGUUCAUGAGCAAGACCAACCGCCCGCCGCUCUCGAUGCGCCGCCUAGUAAAGUUCAUGGAGGGCAAGGGUGACCAGAUCGCUGUGAUCGUGGGCACCGUGACCGACGACAAGAGGAUCAUUGAGGUUCCGGCGAUGAAGGUAACCGCGCUCAGGUUCACCGAGACGGCGAGGGCCAGGAUCAUCAAUGCCGGUGGCGAGUGCCUCACCUUCGACCAACUUGCACUCCGUGCACCGCUCGGACAAAACACGGUUCUCCUGAGGGGUCCUAAGAAUGCCAGGGAGGCUGUUAAGCACUUUGGCCCCGCACCUGGAGUCCCACACAGCCACACCAAGCCUUAUGUUCGCUCAAAGGGAAGGAAAUUUGAGAAGGCUAGAGGAAGGAGGAACAGCAGGGGCUUCAAGGUCUAAGUGGCUGAUAUCAGCUAAAUCCAUGUCAUAUUGCUCUUAUCAGCUACAAAUCACUGUUUUGGUGCUAGACUUGCACUGCUUUAGAUGUCAGAAUCAUAUGUUAUUACCGGAUUGCAGACCCAAUCAAAUUUUGCUCUUUCUUUUUGGACCAUAUGACUUGUGUUUGUCAGCCAGUUACGAAUGUACUUUCUCAUAUCAUUACGAGUGAUAACCAUUUGGAAGUCUAGCAGUUAGGGCUUCAUGAAGUAA